UAUCAUGCGGCCACCGAGAGAUGCCGGCUGCUUGUAAGCGAAACCAGUUUGCCAUCCGAUACGAUCGAGGCAGGAGCCUUUCGCCUGCCGCUGUUGCUGCUGCUGCUGCUGCUGCUGCUGCCGCUGCCGCUGCUGCUGCUGCUGCUGCCGCCGCCGCCGCCGCCGCCGCCGCUGGUGUACACUCAACCGUUGAAGCAUACACCUGUUCUCGAUCUAGCGUGUGUUGACGAACAACGCUUUUUCCGCACAAGACGAUGCUCGCGAGAAGGAGACAGUGUGUGCACGACAAGUGACUAUCGCGGUGGUGAUUUUGUCGCGGGUACGCAAGUAAUAGUGGUUGUCGUUGUUGAUAAUCAUCCGACAAAAUUCCCGUGAUCCCGGAGGAGAGCAGCCGCCCAGCAAAAGCUCCGCGGCUCGAGCUGGAGCAUGCGAGCUCGCGGUUGCACCAGCCUCAGCAUCACGGCCAUCAACACGGCAACAGCAACAAUAACGUAGCCUUAGCCCUCGAGAGUAGCAGGCAGCCGCAAGUGCAGCUGCCACCAGCGGCGACGGGUCGACUCGCGGAGGAGAUGUCGGCGGUGGCUCCGGCGCCAACCGCGGCGCCGUUGGUCGGCGGCGGUGGCCCCGCUGGGCCGAUCGUGCAUCCGUCGCCGGUGUUCGCGCUACCGACGCUCUCGUUCACCGUCGGCCAAGUGUCGACGGUGUGCGAGACGCUCGAGGAGUCGGGCGACAUCGAGCGUCUGGCGCGCUUCUUGUGGAGCUUGCCCGUCGCGCAUCCCAACAUUCAGGAGCUGAAUCAGAGCGAAGCGGUGUUGCGCGCACGAGCGAUCGUCGCUUUCCAUUCGGGCCAGUAUCGCGAGUUGUACGCCAUUCUGGAGAGGCACAAAUUCACCAAGGACUCGCACGGCAAGCUGCAGGCCAUGUGGCUGGAGGCGCACUACCACGAGGCGGAAAAAUUGAGAGGCAGGCCUCUGGGUCCUGUGGAUAAGUAUCGCGUCAGAAAGAAAUAUCCGCUGCCGCGGACCAUAUGGGAUGGCGAGCAGAAGACACACUGUUUCAAGGAGAGAACCAGAUCGCUACUGAGAGAAUGGUAUCUGCAGGAUCCUUAUCCCAAUCCAGGCAAGAAGAGGGAGCUCGCCGCAGCCACGGGUCUCACGCCCACGCAAGUCGGCAACUGGUUCAAGAAUCGCAGACAACGAGACCGUGCGGCAGCCGCAAAAAACAGGCAGCAACAGCAAUCAAGCAAUGGCAAUGACCGUGUACGUCGAGCGCUCAGUCCAGGACCCGGUACCGACAGCGAUGACUCGGAUAUCUCGUUAGGCAGGACAUCACCACCAUCGCCAAGUUCUUCACCACCCCCUUCGCAUCACCAUCAACCUUCACCAGUACCAAUGGCCAGCUCCAUUGGCCCUAUUCAUACGCCAUCGUUAAAUUUUCGUUUCGAUCCAACGCAAUCGUCGUUUCGAUUUGCCCCAGCGCCAAGCUUUAAAUUCCCUUCGGCUGGAUUUCGCUUUGGGCCUCACAGUCCACAGCACAAUCAUCAUGGAAUACCCGGUGGCAGCAUUUUCAGGCUCACCGAAACUAGCCCCUUCCAGGCUGUCGGACCACGCGGUGAUCUGGGAUCAAGAUUGCCGGAUCCAAUAGGACUGCCGCCACCCCGGUUGUACCCGCACGAAACGCUACUACAUCCACAUCCGCACCCGCCACACCAGCUGCCCGAGGGAAUAUCACGGAUAUCGGACACAUCGCGUCUAUCCGAUGGUGGCAUCUCACGGUUGUCAGACAGUCUGUCGGAAGCAGCGCAUUCGCCGCCAUUAGUCGCGACAAAUCUUUCGGUAACGGGUCCACUGUCCGUAACCGUACCAUCGCCGCAAACACCCUCGUCACAUGGUAGUCCACCAGUAUCACAACCACCACCAUCAGCACCAGCACCGCUGUCGAGUCAAGGAAUCGUCAGGGUUGCCUCGUCGUCACCACACAAUCCAAAGCCACCGCAGAUCCAUCGACCAUUCUCACCUGCGUGAUACGACGAUGCUUAGGUCGGGGUCAUGGUGUAAUUAUAUGGGUAUGAGUGUGUUUCUGCGUGUAUGCGUGUACGUCCCUAGGACGUAGGCAAAGAUUUUCCUUUCUUUCUUUUUUUCCUUCCUCGUUUUCUUUCCGUGUCUACGCUAUUUUUUCUUUUCGUUUUCUAACGUGUGUAUUUUUAACGACGAGUUUCGAGAGACUGAAUGUUACUAUUAUCCGCAUAGUAAAUGAAUCAAUUUUUUCAAAUGUUGAAAUGCAAUGACUAUUGAAUGUUGUUUUAUAAAAGUUAACGAAAUCUUGCGGAAAAUAUCGCUUCUGGAGGUGACUAUACAUAUAUCUCUGUCGUUAAACUUUUCAAGCACGUUAAAGUGAAAACAAUAGUCGUAAUUUAUACGCGAAUCCACGUAUUUUUAAGUGUUUCUGUGCUUGGAAAAUAAUAAACCGACGUUGCGCUCUAUGAUCAUCUAUAUUAUGGUUUGAAGUGGUACAGUCGAAACGACAGUAAUAAUGAACAUAUAAUUUUUUUGUUUUUUCUUCCAAACUUUUAUCAUUAGUUAUUUUGUUUCUAAUUAUUUUCUUUUUUUUUCGGUUAAUUAAAUAUUAUACUGUAAAGAAACUUAUCUUAUUCUUGUUGAACUAAAUUUCUUCUGAAUUACCAAGAGCAACGCAAAUAUUAUUGAAAAUCGUUAAUGUAAUUCUUCAAAUGACAUUAUGCAAUUGAACUGCAAAAUUUUUUGUAGAAGUGAUAUGAAUCCUAGAAAUCCUAGAAAAAAAUCGUGUCGAUGAAAGAUUAACGACACAUAAUAGGAUUUCACGAAUAACGCAAAAGCGAAACCGAAUAAACAUUGGCUGUUAGACGCACACGAAUGGUUCUAUAUAUACAAGUCACCGAGAAAAAACGCCAAUUUGUCAAGUAUAUAUUAUAUAAUAUAUUGACGGAAGUGAAGGUAAAUAUAGUAAAUGCGCGUUGAGCAGAUUUAAAAACAGAAAAUAUUUCACGAGAAGUAAACAAAUAAAUCCUUCUUACGUCCUGAAGUCCAUUUUCUUAGACUAAUCGUAGACGGCUUGCGGACGAUUGCGCAUGGCUUUAUUAUACACAUACACUGUUAUGCACAGUAACAUGGCGUAAAUUGGCGUGUAUCAGUCCUUACGCUAUGUUUCUGUUCACAAUAAUUUGUGUGCAUAUUAAAAGCGUGCACAAUUAUCCGUAAGCUUCGUAGACUUAGUACUCGCUAAUUCGAGUUAUCGAGCCAGUAUUCAGUAUGCGAGAGAUAAAAAGCACGAGAAGCCGUCACUCUGGGAGUGUCGGAUUCGUUGAUGAAAUAUUAUAUACGAAGGGACCGAGUGACGAGUGGCAAGAUGAUUAUAAGCAAAUAAAUAAUGAUAUUUAAAGAUUUGAAAAAUGUGGAUCGCGCACUCCAAUCUCUCUUCCUCCCUUUCUCUUUUGUAGAUAGAGUCGCACUAAAGAAAAAAUAAAUUUUCUUUCUUGUUUAAUCGCUCCUAUAAAUAUGAACAUAUAUAAAUAUAAAUUGAAUAUAAAUAUUAUAAAUAGCUAACUUGUAUGCGUAUGCGCGGAAUGAAUAAUGCAAGAGUUAUACAUAUAUAAAUACGUGAAAGAAUGAGCAUUAUUAUGCAUAAUAUUAUUACAAUAUUAUUAUGUGCGCCUGUACAUA